AUUUGCUGCCAUCACUUCACAGGUGCCGACCCGCUGCUUGAAACGUGCGUUUUGCUGGAUGAUGAGGCUGUUACAUUAGUCGUAUCUUAAACAGUAGAUGGUUUUUGGCCAGUAAAUUGGAACCGCUAUAUAGGUCAGUCUGUUUUUCCGUUGUUUAUGUCGUAUUUACACAGUCAACGCAAGUGCUAGCUAAAAGAAGCUAGUGCGAGGUUUGUUUGGUCCUUGUUUACAUAUUGAUCAGGGAUAAACGUGACCGCAAGACUGGGGUUUUCUUGUGUAUUUUGACCUUAAAAAAAAUCUAAUUUAUGAAAUAUCCACUCGAGUCCAACGAUUAAAGACGGCUGUUGUCAUUAACUCCAAAUUGUAGCCCGACAUUGUCUCAAUCAGCAUGUGUUAUUUUCUGGGGGCUACCAGCGGUGUGUCGGUCAGUGUCGGACAUUAAAACCGUUUUAAUUGAAACAAGAGGAGCAUGGAGUCUGUGAGGAGUGCUUUCCACGCUCAGCUGGCCACCGUCAUGGACUCUCUGCUUGCUGCCGCCGUGUGCGAGAUCGCCAAGAUCUUCGAGGGCAGCCUGUGCGAGCAGCAGGCGGAGCUGGCGCAGAAAGCCGAGGAGAUCUCCAGGCUCCGCUGCAGGCUGGAGAAGGUGGAGAGGAGGCACGAAGCUAAGGGUGGAUGCACCGACGAGGGAGAGGGCAGCCUGAGACAACAGACCCCGAUAGGAUCUGUUGGAGCAGGGACACAUCUAAAGCAUGCAGGACUUUGGCUCUUGAGGACUGGAGAUGGACACCCCUGGACUGGUGUAAAGAGCCGAAUGACGAAAGUGAAUGUUGGAAAGAAUCCAUCUCACUCAGAGCCAGAGGAAAUAGUCUGCAUGCUGAAAGAAGAGGUCACAGGGCAGGAAGGAGCCUCUAUUAAACAUGAGCGUGUUAGAUCUCGGACUGUUAUGGUCCAAGCCACAGAUAGAAAUGUUGUCUCCCACACUGGCCAUUGCUCUCCUAAGCCUGAUUCCAGUCUACUUCAAGCAGGAGAGUGGUUACCUGGAGUGAACCCCACUCGAGGUGGUUCAGGUCUGGAGAACCUGCAGCCAGAUGGAACUGAUGGCUCUGCUACAGCUAGCGGCAGCAUCGGCAACGACUCGUCAUGCUUCCAACGUGGUUUCGGAUCAGACGAGACCAGCAAUGAAGGUGACGACACCUCGUUCGCUUUUCUGGACCAGGAGUCUGAGAACCAGAACUCGGAACAGGGUGCAGGAGAAAAGGAGGCUCAGGCAGAUCUUACACCAGCCACCUCUGGUGAGACGGCAUGGCGAACGAGAGAUGACAGAGGAGGCAUCAAUCACACGCGGCGGAUCACUCAGUUUGCCACCAGAGACCCUCUGCGGCUGCAGUCAAACUCCCAACUGCUCGCCGCACGACAGACAAACGCUCUCAGUCAUCCCACAGCUUCCAGUGGAGGCAACGGGCGACCUUACUCCUGUCCGUACUGCACAAAGUGUUUCACCUACCCUUCCCAUCAGCGCAGACACCUUCUACGGCACACCGGAGUCAGACUGCAUCCCUGUCAGUUCUGCGACAAGAGCUUCCUCACUCCGUCAGAGCUCACAGUGCACACUCGCACGCAUACGGGGGAGCGCCCUUUCGGCUGCACUCAGUGCGGUAAACGCUUCGCCCGCAGCGGCAACCUAAGAGCCCACCAGCGGGACGUUCACAUGGGGAAGAGGCCCUUUGCUUGUGUAGAGUGUGGAAAGAGAUUUGCCCACAGAGGAAACCUAAGGGUGCACAAUCACAGAGUCCAUCAAGGGGAUCCCUACUACACUGAUGGUCAGCCGGAGCCUGACAUAAACCAGAAUACUGUUUAGAAACGAAGGAAGUGGGAAGAAUUCCUAAAAUUUAAGUUAUUAAACAGCACCUUUGCAGCAGUUUGAAACUAUGGAAGCUUUUAGGUCUUAUUUGUGCUGUUAAAUAUAGUAUUGUAUAUAGUAUUUCCUUUUUUAAUGUCUAGUUUUGAGCCAGUCAAUAAAUGUAGGUCAAAUA